UACGCAGGCACCAUGUACCACCAGACCAAGAGAUUACAGUAGCUAUUGCUCAUACGCUAUGUACGAGUACGGGCACGGAGACGCCCUGAGCUUCGCGCUCUCGCUCGGUACGGCUCCGAGCUAUUGAUCAGCUGGACACCAGAGUUUGGUCGAGGGAGAUUUGACUGUGAAAUAGAUAGCAUGGGAUAGGAUGGGGAAUUCGGAAAUAGGUAUCCUAGGGAAUAAUGUUUCUGGUAAGGACUGAGUACGUACUACUCCGUGCCAUCCCAUACCGUCCAUGUACCAUUGUCACACUCGGGAGGAGGAGAUCAAACCCGUUGCUUGCAGCUCUGACAGACUUAGGCGAGCGAAGCAUUUCUUGGACGGUAGCGAAUAUGUCUCACAACCCGCAACCGUGUUUGGUUUCCCCUCCGACGCUUUCUCCAUCUUUAAUUCUGGGGGGCUUCGAGCCAGAGAGCCAACGAGCAGCUCUCAAACGUACAUGUGGAGCUAUCCCCGGGCACGAUUCAGUAGCCUCGUUGCUUGAUCUGAUAUUUGGAUUAUGCGGAUGCGCAUGCCGCCCAUGUGGAGUGCCAUGGGCGAUCUCUUGGACGAGAUUCUUAUUUCGAGGUCGGUCUCUGCUUGGCUUCUGUGAACUUCCUCUGGGUGUAAUUCCGGAGUUACACUCCUUGACUCCAGGAGCUGCGACUACUGCUGUACGCUACACCACGGAUGUCCGUCCGAGGGUGCAGUGACACAUGGUCUGCUCAUGGCAGCAUGGCGGUGAGACUCAACCUCGAAGUCACCCCUUCCAUCCUCCUCCUCAACAAAACCGUCUCUCC